ACGACCCUUAGGCAGAAAGCUAUGUAUGCAAUAUAGUGUUGAAGAAUAACAGUGGGAGAAAAUGGCUAGGAUUGGUGGCAAAGCUUUGGUCCCAUAUGAAGGGGUCGCAGUCAUAUUGCUCAUUGCAUUGGUGGGUGGAGCCAAGGCCACAGCCAUAUGUAACAUAGACUCCACCAAGCUCAACCAAUGCCUCCCAGCGGUUAGCGGGCAGUCACCUCCACCACCAACUAAGCGAUGCUGCAGUAUUGUACGCCGUGCCAACUUGCCCUGCCUUUGCAGCUACAAGUCUGUUCUCCCUGCACUUGGGAUUAAUCCCGUGUAUGCCUUGGCAUUGCCUAAGAAAUGUGGCCUGAAAGCUCCACCAGAAUGCCGAGUGGGUUGAAGAAUUUAUGGUAGCAUCUGCCUCAAGUAUUCUGAGCUCGCCUUGAUGUAUUUCUUUCCAGUAUCUGUUGAAGCUUUUAGUAUU